GAUCACUGGAAAAUAAUUGAAUUUUCCACAAAAUGGCUGAAGCAGAUGAAAACUGUGAUGAUGUCGUGGUCAAGAAGAAGAAGAAAUCCAGCAAAAAGAAUUGGGUUAUGUGCUGCAAGAAGGAUUUGCCGCCGCCACCGAAGCCAGCGCCCGUAGAAAAACCACCGCAAGUCGUCAAAUGCGAAUCGAUUAAGAAACCACCAAAGCCCAAGAAAGGCGAGGCGGAGCCCGCAUGCGAAAAGCCUGAGUACUAUCGCUCUAACGACGAGCUACGCGCAUACCUGGACCGCGAGGUGGUGCCCAUCAUGAUGGAGGGCAUGGUGGCUCUGGCCCGUGAUCAGCCCAAGGAUCCCAUCAGCUAUCUGGAGCACUUCUGGCUGGGGGAGAAGCACAAGUGCGACAUACCCCUGCCAGAGAAUCUGCUCUAACCGUACA